GUCACGUUAUUAACACCCGGAAGUUUACAUGGUGCUGUCACUAGAAGCAGGAUGGAGAGCUUAGCUGCUGUGCUUUAAACAGAGCAUUAUGGGUAACACUGAAAGCGUGGUGGUGCAGAAGCGGCUGGCUCGCUUCCGCCCUGAGGAACGGCCUGUGGUUGAGGGGGUCUUCAACAGGCUCCAGGGUGGUGCCGGGGGCCCUUCGGGAGCCCCAGGGAAGACUCUCACACUUGAAAUGCUGCAGUCCUCAAUGGGCAGCCUGGCACCAGACUCCAUGAUAAAGAGGGUCUACCAGUGCAUGUGUAGUAUUGACCCUGGGCUGGCAGCGCAUGCAGCCUCUGGGAAGACCAACACCUCUGCUGUCUCUGGAGCGGGUCGGGAGCAGUUGGUUAUCUUCCUAGCAGACACCCUGCGAGGCACUGCAGAGGAACGGGCUCCUCUAAUCAUGGCCAUGUCCCAGCGUGGAGCAGGGACAGCAACAGUUGUCUCAUGUGAACAGGUAGUGGAGUUCCUACAGGACCUAAUCUCUACUGUAGUUCAGAUUCUGGUCCGCAGAGGGCGCCUGCAGGGCUGGAAGCCAGAGAGAAUGGGUGAUGGCUCCCUCGGUGUCAAGCUCCUGGCUGAGCAGAUGUGUUCUGAACUCAAACCUUUGGAUCAGGGAGGUUGUGAUGUUUCCUGUCUGGAGGACUGGAUCUUCAGGGUCUCCCAGGUAUCUUUGUACCUGGAGAUGCUGGUAACUGAAGGCUUAAAUGUGUCCCUGAGUGGCCGACCGGCCCCGACCCUGCUGCCCCCCUGCAGGGAGACACCCUGGAAACAGCUAAAGUGUCUGCUGGACCUUCCCACCCUCAUGUUUCUGGCACCACAGUUGCCAGACAGCUACAGCGCCCCCUGGAGGCUGGUGUUCUCCACACAGCUGCAUGGGGAGAGCUUCACCAGGAUGGUGGCCGGCCUGAUAAAGUGUGGGCCCACCGUACUGCUGAUCAAAGACUCAAAGGGACACGUUUUUGGGGGCUUCGCUUCUCACGCCUGGGAGAUCAGGCCUCAGUUCCAGGGUGACUCCAGAUGCUUCCUGUUCACUGUGUUCCCCAGACUGAGAGUUUACACAGCAACAGGAUACAACCAACACUUCAUGUAUCUCAACCAGAAUCAGCAGACCAUGCCCAACGGACUGGGCAUGGGCGGUCAGCAUGGCUACUUCGGCCUGUGGCUGGACUGUGAUUUUGGCCGUGGUCAUAGCCGCGCACGGCCCAAGUGCACCACCUACGGCAGCCCUCAGCUCUCUGGAGAAGACGAGUUCACCCUGGACUCAGUGGAAGUGUGGGCAGUCGGAAAACCCCCAGAACCAAAUGAGGGCGAGGAGGGGGACGGCAAGAAGAGUAUCCUGGAUGUAGAUCCAGAGGUCCAGGCCAUGAUGGAGAUGGCAGGGAAGACUCUGCACAGUCAGGGCCUCAGGGAGCCAGAGGAAGACCAAGAUCAGUGAGGGGCAACGGGAAGAUGGACCAAAGGUUGAGGCUCUUGGUUCACCUAGUAUUGACACAUGGUGGGAUGUUUAUUAUCCGACGUAGCUGGAUAACAUUUACAUCUGACUUUGAGACCUGCUGCAGGACACACAGUGAUAUCAGACUUCUCUUUUCCUGCCUUUCAUUCUCCUUGGAUCCACGUCACAAUAAAUCAUCAUCCUCCUCGUGUGGCUGCUUUUAGGUCUGUAAAGUCUGAUCUGGCCCUGUCACACACAACUACAGUAAUGUCCACCACUGUGCGGGCCUCAAGUGUGAAAGUGUGAUGGGUGUGUUCGCACUUCAUUCUACCAAGCUACACUGGUGUUUUUUUUUUUUUUUAUGAAUAGUGCAAGCUGCCUCAGUCGACCACAAUGCAUUGCACCCGCAUCACUUAACUGAAGUAUUAGGCUGAGAAAAGUGAGCACAACAAAACAUUAAAUUACACCAUUAAUGCUCAUAACAUUACUAAUUUUAAGAAAAAUAAAACUGUGAAUUUUUGUGUGAGAGAUUAUUUAAUUUCCACACCAUUGAAAAACCUUUAUCUUUAUCUAAAUGUGUCAACUUCUGAGCAAUUACAUUUAUGUGUGAACGUGUGGUUAAUGACAAGAUUCUUUGUGGUGAGCAUCUUUAUAUUUAGAGAUAUGACAUGUUUUGGGAAUUUCUCAAUUAUAAGGGGAGAUUCACUGACUGUGUUUCAAAGAUGGUAAAUACUUGGUACUGACAACUGUGGAGAAACUUCAUGGGCACAAGAGAAAAAACUUCCUCUAACUACCCAUUUCACAGACUGGAUGCAUCUCUGGGUUUUUUUUUAAUGUUUUAUUAUGAUUAUUAUUAUAUUUAUUUAUUUUUGCUUUUUCAGCUCAGAGUCUAUGGCUUGUCCACCCACAUCAUGAUUUAUGAUGUGAUUUAGUAUAAUAGACCUGUAUUGUGUAGCAAAUUAUUAUUACGUUGCAUUAAGUGUGAUGUAAUGAUUUUUAUCAAACACAAUUUAGACUGAAGAACUGCAAUCAAAAUGAAUAGAAUAUACUGCUGUGUUUGAAGUUAAAGGAUGAUAUUCUGUGUGUGUGUGUGUGUGUGUGUGUGUGUGUGUGUGUGUGUGUGUGUGUGUGUGUGUGUGUGUGUGUGUGCAGUGUUACCCUGUGAAGUUACUUUUAUUAAAGUUAGAGGGCGUCUGGAGGGUGCACCUACUUUCACUUGUGUUUUUCACUUUAGUGAAUUUGCUCAGUUGGUUUGUCUUCAUUGGAUAGCAUCAGGCUUUGCCAGACAGGCUGUUAACUGUUGCCAUAAAUAUAAACGACAAGAUCUUGACAUCGACUUCUUGGCAUCGCUAAUUGUACUAAUACAAACACCUGCUCAGAGGCUGAAAGGUAACUCUGUUUUCACCCCCCUCCUGCUCUUCUGUUCUGCUAUCAUGCAAAUUUCUGAGGCAAGUUACACAUGCAAAUCUGUUAUAUAAUCUUACAGCAAUCCACACAGUGGCAUGAUGGACAUGGUUCCAUAAAGAAUGUUUAUACUCAUCUUUAUAUUUGUGUAUGGAAAUGAUUUUAUUAUUUUAUUCCCAGAGAUGUGACGAUACUCUGAGCCUCAGGAUCACCUCAUUAUAUGCUCUUCAUUACUUUUAUCCCCCCCUCCAUCUAGAUAAAAUGCUGUUUAUAGCAACUGUGCACACGUGUAUUGUAUGGAUGAUCACCCACUAUCCCUUAAUAUAUCAGUCAGUCAAUUAAGCCUUACCUGUUUAGCACCUGUCAUACAGGUUAGGGCUGUUCAAAGUUCUUUACAGGCCACUGACAAGCAAAUGAGAAGAGCAGAAAUACUGUAAGCAGUAAAACAAUGGAAGACCACUAAACAGACGUCAUGCAUUACACAGUGUAUGUAUUCCUACAUUUGCAAUUUAUUUAUUACAUAAAUAUAUUUCAGAAGUUCUAGUGAUGGAGCUUUACUC